AUGGAUACGGUCGCCCCAGGUUGGACCAACGUGAGGCCAGAGGAGGAUAGCCAACGCUUCACACAGCGCUCCGCUGAGCGCCGGCAACUCUUUCUGCAACUGAAAUCACUCCGCCACCAAACGGAUUUACCUUCGAUUACAUGGGCGUUUUUUUCAGAUCGCCGAUAUCGAGAAAGAAAGGCGUUGGACACAAUUCUACUCUGGUCCCAGAAACAACCGAAAACAUACUCGACAGCAUCAAGUGCAUCGCCGACACACUCGCAACCUAAACGUGUCUCCAACCAACCAUCCGCGAAUUCUCGUCUUCUCAACGCCAACGUACAAGCCGGAUCCAAGCGAACUCGAUCUGGACAUAUAAUUGGCGGGCAAGAAUACAGUGUUGGCCGACACGAUGGCGUUCGGUCAAACUGUAAGAAGCGGGAUGGGAACCUUUGCGCGGUCUCGAGGAUGGCGGAAAUCGACGCCGCCCAUAUUUACCCAUGGUGCGGUGUUGGAGGCCAGAAUAAGGAGCGAGUGGCGAACUUCUGGAAUACUCUAAAGAUGUUCUGGCAAGAAGAACUAGUAGAGAGUUGGCGUAGUAAGUCGGAAACGGAGACAGUGGAGAACAUGAUCUCCCUCUCAGCCACCUUGCACCGGUUUCACUCCGCUGCCCGAUUUGCGCUCCGACCGAUACAACUGUCAGACGACAAGACAAAACUCGAACUCGAGUUUCACUGGCUUUUUGUUGAAGAGCGCAAUCGCCACGACAAGGUGGAUAUCAUGCACGAACCUUUGUCUUCGGCUGGCCGGCUUUCAGCUGGCGGAGGCUACGGCCCACUCGAUCGAAUUGAUCCUAAUAACGACACCAUCUACCUUCCACUAGUCAGUGGAACUAGAUUUACAAUGUCGACCGAUGACCCAGUCAAGCGACCCCUCCCCGAUUCAGGUCUCUUGACGUUGCAGUGGCACCUUCAACGUGUCCUUGCUAUGUCGGGAGCGGCUGAGUGGACGGAGGAGGAUUUCGGCGACGACGAUAAAGACAACAAAGACGGACAAAGUGUUACACCUUGCGAUAACGUGGGAAAUUGGCUCCAGAACGUCGAGCCUCUGGAGAUUAAUCGUCAGAGCCAAAUUUCUCAAGAAAGAGAUCCGCCAGACAGCGUAAAUGAUUCGUUUGAAUAA